ACGCCUCAGAGCUGAGUGUAUAUUAGGCCCUCGUAAUCAGGUUAGGUUCCCCACUUCCGAACAUCUGCUUCACCGUCUUCAUCCUCUCGUUGGGUCUCAAAAACAUUGUCUUUUAGGUCGAGCAUGAUGGGACAACUUCUUCUUCACAGUGCAGUGAUCCUUUGGCUGGUGCAGGCAGCACACACAGAGGGUUACGGUGCUGUGGCUGGAGUACAUAAUGGACAACUUCCACAGCCUAACGGAAGGACACCGCAGAAUGGUGGAGGUGUAGGAGCAGUGCUGAUGCCAUCAAAAGGUGUGGGCCGGGCAAUGGGGCCAAGAACUGGAUAUGCUGGCUAUCCUACAAAAGGAGUCGGGGGAUAUCCUGCAGUUUUAUCCCACCAAAAUGGAGAUAACUCCAAUGGAUAUCCUGUUAAAGCCAGUCCCACCAAUGGACAACAAACUAAAGGCUAUGGUGCUCAGGAUGGCAGAUAUGGAUGGCAAGGACCUAAAGGCAAUGGUAAUGCAGCUGCUGCACAUGGAACAAAAGGCAAUGGUUAUGGUGCUGGUUCUACUGGAAAUGUGCCUAACACCAAAGGUCAAGGAGCUGUAGCUGGUCCAUCGACUGGCUAUGGGACACAACCAAAUGGCCAAGGAGGAGCUGGAAGUAAACCUAUGAAAGGAUAUGGCCGACCACCUUAUGGGGCAGGACCGGGUAAGCGAACCUUCAAAGGUCUGGGAAUGCCUCAGUUUGCUGGAAGUUAUAAAGGUUAUGGAGCUCAGCCCAUGGCAGGUUACAAUGUUGGUUAUGGCAGUGCUGGUUUGGGUCUGGGGCAUCGGUAUGGGAAUGGGUGGAUGAAGGGACCAAAGCCAGGCUAUGGUGCAGCAGCUGGUGCUUCCAAUGGACAAGGAGCAAAACCCAACGGUUAUGCUGGGGCCAGAGCACCUUUCAGCAAUGGAGCCAUGUCAAAUGGUUAUGGAUCCCAGAAUGGUGGAGCUCCCAAGUCUGCAAAGCCAGUCUUCGGAAAUGUUCCAUACGGGUAUGGUGCCAAAUCCAACGGAUAUGGAGGCUACAGAGGAGGUGCAGUAAGACCACCACCAGGUUAUGGGAAAGGACCUGCUGCCAAUGGAUAUGGACCCAAACCCAGUGGUUAUGGAGCUGCGGCAGGGCCUGGAGUUAAUGCACUCAAAGGAUACACAGCCAAACCCAAUGGUCACGGAGUUAGAAAUGGUGCACUGGGUGGAUACAGAGGAAACCCGUACGGGUACGGAGGGUCAAAACCUCAGAAAACUACUAAAGGACUUGGAGCACCAAGUGAAGGCGUGAAAACACUCGACAGUGGAUAUGGUGGUCCUGCUGGUGUAACUAAAGGGCAGUUGCCUAAAGCAGCCAAUGCAGGUUACAACAUGCUGCCGAAUACAAAAGGCCAAGAUGGAAAGGGUGCCGGUGAAUUCAGUGGAAAGAGCCUCAAAGGUGGAGUUCUUUCUCCUGAGCAGCCAAGUGUAGCACCGCUGGAGGGCCUUUCCCUCCGACAAGCAAUAACUCGUGGUGCAGUGCCUUUUUCCCCGACAGGUGGUGUCCAUGCUGAGGUGUCAAAAGAGAAAUACCAAAAGCUUGUUUCCCCUUUGCCACAAGAAAAAAACUACAAGCAGACACCGCUGGUCCUUCAGGUUUCACCAGAACCAGCCCCAGCACUUCCUGCCAAACACUCAAAGUCUUCAACCACAGGUCCACAGAUCAAGGGAGAGAAGGUCCCCAUAGCCAGACCUCCACAGGGGGUUUCCCAGAGUAAACCAGCACCAGGCCCAGCAGCUGUCUAUCCAGAAGAGAGUGGAAGAGCUUCAGUCUCCAAGGGUCAAGGAGCUAAACCAACCAAACAUGACUGUGGACCAUCAGGAGUACCAAAUGGGCAAUGGAUGAAAAUCCCUAGACCUGAUUAUAACACAGGUGCUGGAGCAUCUAUGGGCACAAACACCAAAGGUUUUAUUGCAGGAAGCCAAAUGUUCCCUGGACUUGGCAAUGGAUACGGAGCAGGUUUUGGACGAGGAGGCUACCUUGGAGGUGAAUAUAGGAACGGACAUACUUUUGGAGGUUAUGCAAAUGGCUACGGUGCAGGUUUACAGCCUGACUAUGCAAGCAUUGGACAAGUUGUGCCUGUUCCUGAUGGCAAAUCAGGUAUUGGCAUCGGUGGGCUGCAGUUUUCUGGGCAGCCUGUUGGUACGGGAAUUAAUCGUGCAGGAAAAUAUGGUUAUGGAUUUAGCCCCUAUGGUGCUGCAGGUGACAGAAAGCCAUUUGGAAAAUAUGGAUAUGAAGGGUUCCCCAAUGGUGGACAACUACUUGGCCUUGGCAACGCUGGAAAUACAGCUGGUUAUGGAAGGCUGCCUUAUGAAGCUCAACCAGCUGGACUGGGCCCGGAAACAAAAUCUACCGGUCUGGCUGUGUCACAAUAUCAACCUGACCCACUCGGGCUUGGACAUAAUGUGAAAGGAAAAUAUGGUGGCACUGAGGGUCCCUAUCUACCACAGGCUGUUGGUUUUGAUGGUGAAGCUAAAUCUUCUGGGAAAUAUGAUAAUCAGGGAGCUUACCAGUCACAGCCUCUUGAAACUGCAGCUGAAGUGAAAGGAGAGCUGCCCACUCCAGGGCCUGCAGCUGAAGGCGUGGGGAGAUUCAUUGAUGGAUAUGAAAACCUGGGCUACAUAAAUGGCCGAGUGCAACCACAAGCCCCCACCCCAAGCCCGGCCUAUUCGUCUGUCCACUCCCGUCUCCCUGCAGAGUCUUCAUUCACAGCUGACGCGAUGCCCGGUGAUGUUCGGCACUUCCCCGAUCUAGAAGGGACAGCCGGCCUCACGCUCGACUCAGCACCCGCUACAGAAUCAGAGGGUACGACUCAGGUGUCCGAGCAACCCGAUGACCUGCCGCGUCAGAUACACAUCCAGCAGCAUCUCAAACUGCAUUUUCAGCCACAAGGAGCAAAGGACAACAAAUAUGAACUGAAUGGCUUCUUUGGGGAUACUGGGCAUCAAGGUUAGCUCUACUGAGACAACAAAUCGAAUCUCUCUUAAUUGUUGUUGUAUGUGAUAUAAUAUAAUAGUGAUAAUUUGGUGUCUUGUUUAGUUUUGUCCUUCACAUUUUUGUCCCAUGUUUACUGUUAUCCUUACAACUGAAAUGUAAUUUUGUUUAGCAUUUUUAAUAACCCCUCAAAUUAGUUGAAAUAUUUCUAAAAACAAUAACUCCAUCUAAUUUAUUUUACAUGAGAAAUUCUUUUUUACUACUUGUGGCAAUCAUGUGUUUGUUAUUGUACAGUAUUUGAGUUAUUAAAACUACCAA